AUGGCGGUCACCGUCUUACCAAUGAACUCCCUAACCGAGACCGUUAAACAAGCCGUCCGGUCCACAACAACAUGCUCCGAUUCAACCGUGUUAUCCCUCCAAACCCUCCUCCGCGGAUCCUCACUGGGCCCCGAGAAGCCCGCGCGAAAGAAUACGAAAUCUACAAAGGACCUCGCUGCCCCCGUAUCUCGAGCGAGAACGUCCCGAACAACCAAAACAAAGACAUCCGCCGACACCACCGCUACGCUGCACUCGAUUGUCGAUCAAGAUGCUGCCGGACUUACGCUUCAGGAGAAGCUCGUCCUCGCGACAGAAGUGUUUAAUGUUACAUUGAAGACUCUCACCGACGCAUCGAAAGUCACAACGACAAAACGCCAGCCUAUUUCCGAUACCGCCUCGACAAAAUCCGGGAGAAGCAGUGUUACCACAGUUGACUCGGGGAUCUACUCCGCCGCCGAGUGUGCGCGCCUUGCACUAUCGACUCUCCGAAUUCUGAAAAAUGACCAAGCAAGCCAAGAGUUGCCGAACAUGCAGCUCGAGCAAGGUGUUUGCGUGUUAGCGGGGAAGCUGAUCUCUCUGGGUCUAAACGAUAUGGCGUGCAAGGAAUUACGAUCUCUCAAGAGGAGGAUUCAACAAUAUCUCGAUGCUAAAAGGGCGGGUAAGAAAAUUGCAGACGUGAAGGAUACAAUCUCGGACGAAGAUACUGGCAACAAAGAGAGGAUGUCUGAUUUGAUCAGUUUUUCAAAUCUCGCUCACGCGCAAUCCGUGUAUGGGCUGUUGGUCUCUUAUCAUUCGAAUGUGAUGCGAUUACUUGCCUCCGAUAAGCGAGUCCCGACAAUACAGAAAGUUUGCCCUCUGCUGCAAUUGUCUGAUCCCAGCAGUCCGGCUCAGAUUAUUACUGCGGCUAUGAAAACUGGUGCUCUGGCCAGUGACAAGGCUGCUCUUCAACUUCAACUUCUGUCUAAUACCGUUUUAUCGUUGAGCUCUGCAAAACCUUCUGCUUCAAAUGAAGAUUCGACAACGGCUAAAGACUCGACCAAGCCGCUCACAGCUUUGACGCUUCAGCUUUUGUCUCUCGAAAUUCGAUCUUUAGGGUGGAAGAUAUCGGGCCAUGUGUGCGAUGAGGGGAGGGAGAUGUUCGAUCCUCUACUUCGAUAUCUUGGAAAUUUCUCCCAGCGCAGCAAGGGCGUUGAAAAGACCGAAUUUUCUACCAUCUACAAAGCGAUCUCCCGGAUACAGUUGACAAUGACCGAAGUGAGGAAGAAGCCUCAAGAUGCGAAGGAUUUGAACCUGGGCGCUAAGAUUAUGACUAUUCUUGGCCAGCUUGCUUUGGAUGCGGGGUGCUUUGACGAGUCUUUGAAGCUGCUUUCGCAAGCCAUUACCCCGUUCACGACUUCCCAAAGUCUUUCUCUUGCUACUGUUCGAUGUAAGAUUGCUUCGGUCUACUUUCAAGCGCUGAAAGGUUCGACCAAGUACCUGGAUGGAGCAUUGAAAUCUACUUCUGAGGCUACAGAUGCCCUUGGAUUACAACUUCGAGGCAGUGCCGGCGAUUUGGACGAGUUACUUGUUGAGGCAGCGAGGUUGAAAAAACUUGCCCUUGCUUGGUUUGGCGAUGCGAUGACGAAGAAAGUGAGAAGUGACACGGAAAAGAGUGAGAUCGCUUGUCAAGUUAGGGAAUAUUUACAAGCGUUCCUUCGAUUUCUCAGGCGAUAUGUUGGACGUCCUCUUGCGGAAGAUGCUGAUGAUAAGGAGAUAGAGAUGUUCAAGAAUCGCAUCUCCAUGUCUAAGAGUAUAAUUCUUGCCGCCGUUGACUCGGCCAUCGCUGUUGGGAAGUUGUCAAUUAUGUCUCAACGACCGCCUUGGGAAGAUAUGCUUCCCAUCUUGACGGACUCGCAUCGCCUGCUCACUAGUGUUGAAAGUACCGCCGACAGCGAAUCAGAUGAAGCCUUGACAGAAAGCAUUAGUCUGGGACUUGUGAAGCUCUCCAACCUUUUCUGGUCUCGUUACAUCAAGGAAAAGGAAGCAGGGCAAGGCUAUCGUGAACUGAUUCCGCUGCUCAGACAUUCGACCCAAUUACUAUCCGGUUGCUCUUCAUCCCACAGGACCACCGCCUUUGCCGCUCUCAAGUUCGAGCGGACUGCCCAUCUUUAUGUGGAAGGAAAUAUGUACAGCGAUGCAGAGAAAGCUUUCCGGCAAUCAAUAGCUGAGUACAUUGAUACGGGUGCCCUGGAGCAAAUGGGUACAGAUCAUCCCGCAAGUCUUUCGAGCUCGGCGAAGCUCGACCCGCAAAGUCCCAGCUUCAUGCUCAAUCGUGUUCUCACUGGACUACUUAAGGUCAAACUUCGAGGCAAGGGGUCAAAAUCCUCGUCGUUUUAUGACGAUGGGGACCUGAAUGUGGAAGGAAGAGGCCUUCUUCUUGAAUGGCAGAUGGGAAUACUUUUCGAUCUGCACAAUUACGCCUCUAGCGAGGAUGAUUUCCGCUCCAUCUUUACAUCUGUUGUAUCCAACAUCCUCGACAUUUAUUCUCCCGAUACCAACCCCAUUCGCCAUGGACGAGUCAUUCUCUCUGUCCUCAGAUUCCUACUUGAGCAUCCCAGCGCCUUAGAUUCCGACAUGGCCGAGAAGAUAAUGGAAGAAGGAGCUCAGGAUCUGGACCGCGUCAAUCUUAUUGGCCAAGACACAGAUCUGACUCCGUUCGCGACUCACAUCACGAAUUCACUGCGUGUUAUCAUCGGCUUCCACGAUGGCAAGAUGGAUGGCGGUGAACUCGAUGACACGCUAGCUUCGUGGGCAUCUAUGGCCCGCCAAUGUUCCGACUGGGAGACCUUACUCGGCUGUGUUCACGACACCGAGUAUUGGGUUCUUCAACUUAAGGCCCUGGUUGAUUAUACCGAAAUCCACGGACUCUGGAAAGCCCAACUCAAUGCAUUGGAAUUGAUUCUCCGAGCGGCUGAACUUCAGAAAUCAGGAGACAUUUCGGACGCUAUUAUCAUUCUUUCACGUCUUGUGCUUCAACACUGUCAGCUUGGUCAUUGCCAAAAGGCCGGGAAACUUCUUUCUCGAGGCGAGCAGUACCUCACUCAGCAUGAUGUUUCUUCCCUUGCCAGCAUUUCAUUCAAGUUGGCUGAAGUUGAGCAUCUCCUCGAGACGGGAGAGAUAGAGAAGGCGUCGACGACGCUUUCUGUGGCUAGCAAGAUGUACCAGAAGACUGAGAAAUCGAACGAGCUUAGUGGUCUCACUGUCCUGGCUAAAAUUUCUUGGGAGCGACUGGUUGCAGAUGCUGCUUUUGUUCAGUCUCGACUAUCGACUGCCCAAGGCUCAAUGACACAUGCCUUGUACUUUGCCAAACUGUCCGUCAGACUCAACUGUCGGAUCUGGGCAAAGGUCGAGCGACUGGCUCAGAAGAAGCAAGACAAGUCUCUCUCUGCCUCUGCAGCGGGAAGCUCUGAUAUGGACGCCGUUGCCGAGGGGGUAGCAAAGCUCGACCUAUCCCAGACUGAAUCUUCUCCAGAUGUAUCGCCAAGCUAUAUCCAAGGUGCUCCAUUUUGGCCUCACCUGGGCUCGCAUCAUACCUGCUUGUUGAAUCUUGCCACUUUGUCGGCUCACCAUGGUUUAUUCCAAGAUGCUAUUUAUUAUGGAGAACAGGCUUUGAAGAUUGACAAGACGCUUGAUGCCAAUAUUCGACUCGUUGCUGCACAGACUCAACUUGGUUGCUACCGAACCAUUGGUGGCGAUGUUGUUGAGGGUCAAGAUCUUCUUCUCGCGGCGUCGGAGUCUUCGAAGCAAUUGCCGGCUAGUGUUGAGACGGUUUCCCUGCAGAUGGCUCUUGCAUCGCUGUACAAGGCGCAGGGACACCAUGAUAAAGCUCUUCGGUUACUCCAGGAGGCUGAUAAGGUCAUUACUGCUGUCAUCUCCUCGGAUACAAUCAGUAUCUCGGAAGGACCAAACGUGGCAGCCCUGGAGGAGAAAAUGGAAAAGUUGCAAGUACGCACUACUCGGCGAGCCCAAGCAGCAGCCACCACAACUGCUACGGCUACAACUGGUCGACGCACACGUUCAACAAGCUCGGCAGCAUCGAAUACGACCACUGCCACUGCCACUGCCAAGAGAGCCUCGACUCCCAAGACCCCACGGCCAGAAACCCGAGCUCAGUCGCAGUCUCUUCUACGGCUGAAGGGUGACAUCCUUCGACAACAAGCAGACUGCCUUCGCGCCCUGCGUGAUUUCGACCGUUCCGCACGCACUCUCACCGAAGCCCGACAGUUCGCCACAGCUCGUGAAAGCAAGGUCUCUCUGGAAAUUGGGGAAAGUGAACAUCUCCUAGCCGAAGCCAUUCGCAAAUUCGCAAGUCACGCCGUAUACUGCGUCUUACCCGAGUCUACAAUUUCCUUGCCCUCCCUGAAGACACCUACCAAGAUCGUCGAAGAGAUCACUCCACCAGCGGCAACAACAAAGUCCACCACUGCCAGAAAGACCAGAGCUCCGGCUAGGGGAGCUCGUGGCAAGGCUCAGAAUCAAAAAGCAGGCGAAGAUUUCUCGAUGAUGCUUUCCAAGGCUAGCGAUUGUCUCACGAGCGUCUUUGCUGAUGCUACGGUUCUUGGGUCAACGCUUGAAAGUCAUGCUGCUUCUCGACUUAUGAGUCGGAUUUCGAUGCUUUCUCAUGCUACUAAUCCUGGAGGGCCUGCGACUUUGGCUCAGUCACCCGCAAAUAUGAAUGAAAUUGGUCGAGUUGGCGCCUUUGCCCGGGAACGCAUGGCUAUCGACUUUGAUCGCAAACUCGUCGACUACGCAGAUCCACUCCUCUGGCCAACUUCAAUCACCUCAACGAAUGAGAUGGAUGAAACAAUCUGCUCCAACUUCGCCGAGCAAUAUAUCGACAUCUUGCCCGAAAACUGGAAUGUGCUCUCGCUAUCUCUGAGCGCGGAUCAAACCGAAGGAUCGGAGGAUGAUGAAGAGGAGCAAUUCACCUUUGAAGACGGGAAAGAAGAAAUGGCCGAACUUAUCAGAUUGGCGAAUGAGAGUGCUCACGCCGCGAAACUCCAAACAGACAAGUCGAUGAAGAAAGAGUGGUGGAAGAAUCGGGAAACUCUCGACAAGCGCAUGGAAAGUCUCCUGCAGAAUGUUGAGAAUAUUUGGUUUGGAGGGUUCCGGGGUAUCUUCUCGCCUUUGCCUCGGGAUAGUGCUGCGUUGUCUCGAUUCGCAGGUGCAUUCCAAGCCUUGCUGGACAAGCAUCUCCCCUCUCGCCAGAAAAACGGCAAGGCAACAUCGGCAUCAGGAUCGGCAUCGCCCCGACUCACGCUCCACCAGAAUGUCCUAGAACUGUUCAUCGGGCUUAGAGAUCUCGAAGAACAGGAAGAACCGGAGGAUACACUGAUGGAUUUAUUAUAUUUCGUCGUUGACAUUCUCCAAUUCCAGGGAGAACGGAACGCAUACGAUGAAAUUGAUUUCGACAUGAUGGUCCUCGACACCCUCGAUGCUCUACGAGGAUACCACAAAGCAGCAAAGGAAGAACUAUCCUCCCAACGACCCAGCCACACAAUCCUCGUCCUCGACAAAGCACUCCACUUAUUCCCCUGGGAAUCCAUCCCCUGCUUACAGGGCUACCCCGUCACCCGCGUCCCAUCACUAGAAUGUCUCCGCGAACGCGUCCUUCAAUUCCGCCCCUCCGCAUCCGGAACAAUCCUAAACCGAUCCUCAGGCUCAUACAUCCUAAAUCCAACCGGCGACCUACGCACCACGCAAGAAACAUUUGAAAAAGACCUAUCAAGUCAAAAGUCAUGGGUCGGGAUAACGAAACGUGAACCCUCCGAAGAAGAAUUCCGAACAUCUCUCGAGAAGAAGGAUUUAUUCCUUUAUUUUGGACACGGGAGCGGGGCGCAGUAUAUUCGUGGUCGGACUGUUAAACGACUUACGAGGUGUGCUGUUGCCUUUUUGAUGGGAUGUAGUAGUGGGAGUCUCACUGAGGCGGGUGAAUAUGAGCCGUAUGGGACUCCGAUGAAUUAUUUGCAGGCGGGGAGUCCGGCGCUUGUGGCGACGUUGUGGGAUGUUACGGAUAAAGAUAUUGAUCGGUUUUCGACGUCUGCGUUUGAGUCUUGGGGGUUACUAGGCAAGGGGAAGGGCAAGGGGAAGAAGGGCUCUGAGUCUGGUGCUGGUGAUGGUGAGGAUGGAGAGGUUGGUUUGGAUACAGCUAUCGCUGGGGCGAGAAGUUCCUGUGUAUUGAAGUAUUUGAAUGGGGCUGCGCCGGUUGUUUAUGGAGUGCCGGUGUUUUUGGAAUGA